UCCGGACGCCGCGUACAACAAAACCGUCCCCUUUCCACCACCCCGCCGAACGACCGAGAACGUUCCAAACCGCGUGAAUGUUUGUUUUCCUCUCCACGCAUGAGUCGGCUUUCACGAAGUACUUUCAUCCAAUUGUUUCGUCGGCAAUUCUAUGCAAUAGUGGUACGGGAUAAACAUCGAGUUCCGUGUGGUUCCGUUGUUUGUUGUUUUGCUGCAGAGAAGCGGAAAAAAGCCUACUGAGUUCGAAAAUACCAAUCCGCAUCUAACGGUGCCAAUUGAUGCGAAACGACUGCGCCUUUCGAAAAGGCGAGCGGAAGUGCAAAAGAAACGAAAAAAAAAACAGUGUGUUAGGGAAACGCAUGUUUCCUUUGUCCGGGCAUUGCAGCACAUAACACAUCGAUCAUGUCGCCUGCAUUCCUGGCGGUCAUCGCCGUCAUCCUGUGCAUCCUGUUCCGGAUACUGAACGUCAGCAGCACGCCUCAGAUUCCCAGCAUCGUCUGCAAAGAUGGCCAAUUUAUGGAGUGUUUCAACAAAAUCGCACCAAUGCUGCGGGAACCGUACAUUCCGACCCGGCUGUGGGGCUUCAGUGGACACAUUCAGACAAUAAUUCACAGUAUCGUGGGACGCGUGAAAUGUCCGUGGCCGCUGGGCGAACGCGUCUACCUGUCGCUCACGGACGGUUCCACGCUGACGUACGAUCUGUACCAGCCGCUAAUUACGACCGUCGAAGACGACAUCACGGUGGCCAUCUGUCCGGGCAUUGGCAACUCGUCCGAGUCGGUGUACAUCCGCACGUUCGUGCACUACGCCCAGUGCCACGGGUACCGGUGUGCGGUACUGAACCACAUCGGAGUCCUCGACAGCGUGCAGGUCACAUCGAGCCGGAUAUUCACAUACGGCCACACGGACGACUACUCGGCUAUGAUAAAUAGCCUGCUGAAGAAGUAUCCGACGACAAACAUCGUCUCGGUUGGAUUUUCGCUCGGUGGCAACCUCAUCUCGAAGUACCUCGGCGAGGCGAAGCGACCGGCCAACAUCAUCGGUGGUGUCUCGAUCUGCCAGGGCUACAAUGCGGUGAUUGCAACCCAGUGGCUGCUGAAGUGGCAGAACUUCCACCGGUUCUACCUGUACGUGCUGACGGAGAACGUAAAGAGCAUCAUCAUGAAGCACCGGCACGUCCUGCUGUCGGACGACAUUAAGCAGCGCUAUCAGCUGAACGAGCGUGACAUUGCAGCGGCGGCGACGCUGCCCGAGCUGGACGAGGCGUACACCCGGCGGGUGCAUCAGUUCGCGACCGUCAAGGACAUGUACAGCUGGAGCUCGUCGUUCAACUAUCUCGCCAACAUCCGGCGCCCGAUGGUGUUCGUUAACGCACGGGACGACCCGUUGGUGCCGGAGAAUCUGCUCGAGCCGGUGAAGCAGUUUGCCGGAACCCACAACCAAUCGCUUUACAUCGAACUCGCGAACGGUGGCCAUCUUGGGUUCUACGAGGGUGGUUUAAUCUACCCCAAUCCAGUCACCUGGCUCGACCGAGCCGUGGUGUCACUGAUCGGUGGUAUCGUGAUGUCGCACAACGAUCUGCUGGUGGCUAAGCGGACCGCCGAAACGUCCGACUCGAUGGCCAUUUAAGAUUCGCUACCACCAUUCCCUUCGAUUGGUGUCGGUAUGCUACCGCUGCCGGAACUGGACCAGCUGUUGCUGGUGCGGCCCCGCCGGUGGCGGCUGAUCUUUGCCGCGCUCCCAUCGACACCGUCCAUCGGUGGGGUGUUCAUAGCCGUGCUGAAGCUGUUCCUGUCGCUGCUGGUCGCGAAACCGAAGGUGGAAUUCCCAACCACUCCCUCGACGUAGACGCCGUCGACGACACACGCAAAGAACAAAGGAAACAAUCCCUGCCCGAAGGUAAACAAAGCGAGUGUGUGCAUGAGGCAGCAGGAGAGUUUUCAUCGCCAUCAUCGUCGUCGUUGGCGUUGUCACUCCUGGGGGUGGAGGUCAAGUGGUCUGACCUGAAGUACAAGAAAGAUGAUUAUCAUAAUCAUCAUCCAGCGCCAGUGCCGGGGCUACAGGACGCUAAAGCACGGGAUCCUUCGUGUUGCCACCGAAUGAAGACGCUCACUAGGGAACACGUACGGUGCACGCAAACCGACAUUAUAUCGAAGGGAUUGGUUGCUCGUGCAUAGGUAUCUAACGAAGCGAAGAAGCGAAAACUCGAAUGAAGUAUAAGCAAGGAGCACAAAUUACAAAUCACCCAUCGCUUGGUGUGACGCAUCCUAAAACGAAUAACAAUCGAGACCGUCACGAUGAGGUGUGUGCUAGAAACAAACAGGACAAAAGGAAACAAAACUGAACAUUAGUUUUAUAUAAGAACACAAACAAAUCCAAACGUGCACAAGCAUAGCUUGUUCCAAACUCCCGCAAAUUAACGGAUGAAACCGGCGGGGUACUUCUCGUUUUCGACCAUAUACACUGAUAUACAAGAGGUGAAAAAUCUACACGAUUCCUUUAAAAAACCACUAGGUAAUAACCCAGAUUAGAUAAGU